AUGCUCUCCAACGGCAAGCGGCGACUCUCCGAUGCUUUUCAGGCGGACGCGGCCCCCCUCUGGCUCCGCCGCCAGCGCAUGAGGUUGCAGGACAGGUGUGUGAACCCCCCCCCCCCGACCCUGGAAGUCUACGACACACACUGUUGCCAGCCCGCAGGCUUUUGCUUUGCUUUGCUUUGUCCUUUCACAGCUAGAGGCCUUGUGGCGUGCGGCUGCACCUCGAACAUUUGUCCACCCUGGCCGAUCGCUGCGUACGCGGACCCUGCAAGCCCGCCUCAUGGGCUGCCCCGCGUCAACGCAACGAGCUGCCUGCCCAGAGCGGCAGCCGCCCCAGGUCAGUGGGCCGAUGGGGAGCCUAGCGGUCCCUGA